CAUGCGUGUUUAAUUUAUCUAAUUGAGUCUGCUAUUUCCAAUUUUUACGCCAAAUUUUACGAAUAUCCCUUCGUUGGCAGUACGUUAUCACAGGAAGUCAAGUGACUAGCUCAUACGAAAAUUAAGCUUUCAUAUUCUGGUGUAAAUUUAGUCUAAUUGGUGUCGUGCAAUUAAGGCCAACGGCAAAGACAAACUAAAGUCAAGAAAGCACAGCAUUGUACUGUAGGCCUACUACUAGUGUCCGGACCCCGGCCUCGGCGGCCUAGCUGAGCUGCGGAGUGCGGGUACCCCGCAGGGCACGUGCAACACUGAGCUGAUAGCUGAUACACUACACUUCAACUCUGGUGAGUGAAUGACGGAUUUGCAGGUGAUUCAGGAAAGUACACCAAGAUGUUGGCACAUAGAUCUGCAUGGUUGGCCAGGAGAGCCAGACGCCCGCAUACCUUCUGUAGACCCGUGCAUUCCAGGAACAGAUUCGGAUCCACUUCGUCAGGGUCCAAACCUCUAGGUGACAAGGAGAGAUACGAUGUGAUAGUGGUCGGAGGGGGGCACGCUGGGUGUGAAGCAGCAGGUGUAUCGGCUCGUAUGGGCGCCCAGACCCUACUCCUGACACAUAAGAUUGAAACCAUAGGUGUAAUGUCGUGUAACCCAUCGUUUGGAGGCAUUGGUAAGGGUCAUCUGAUGAGAGAGAUUGACGCUCUUGAUGGGAUAUCUGCAAGACUCUGUGAUAAAGCUGGCAUCCAGUACAAAGUUUUGAACAGACGGAAAGGACCUGCAGUUUGGGGACUACGCGCCCAGAUCGACAGGGAUCAGUACCAGAGCUACAUGCAGGAUGAGAUACUUAACACACCAAACCUGACUGUCAGGGCUGCUCCCGUAGAAGACCUUAUCAUCCAAGGGGAGGAUGUGGCCGAGAUGGAUGGUUGCCAUGGUGACAAGCCAGUGUGCUCGGGGGUUGUGUUGGAGAAUGGUGAGACUAUUCGUAGCAGUGCAGUUGUCAUAACAACCGGAACAUUCCUAAGAGGAGAGAUCCACCUGGGUGUAGAGAGGAGACCUGCUGGUAGAAUAGGGGAUGAGCCUUCGGUUGGUCUGGCCAAGCGCAUUGAAGAUGCUGGGUUUACACUUGGAAGACUAAAAACGGGUACUCCUCCUCGUUUGGACGGAAGGACAAUAGACUACAGUGAGCUGACACCAAACCAUGGAGACAUGCCUCCAAUACCCUUCUCUUUUAUGACAGACAGGGUAGCAAUACAGCCUGAAGAUCAGGUGAUCUGUCACCUGACACAUUCAAAUCAUGAAGUACAUCGUAUAUGCAUUGAUAACCAGCAUCUCAAUGUCCAUGUUCAGGAGGAAGCCAAUGGACCCAGGUAUUGUCCCUCCAUUGAGUCUAAAUGCUUGAGGUUUGGUGACAGGCCACAUCAGAUCUGGCUAGAGCCUGAAGGUCUGAAUACAGAUAUCGUGUACAUGCAGGGAUUCUCUGUGACCCUUCCCCCAGACCUUCAAGAAAAGUGUGUUAACAGCAUCAAGGGUCUAGAGAACGCCACAAUGACCAAACCAGGUUAUGGUGUAGAGUACGACUACGUGGACCCAAGAGAGAUCAAACCAUCAUUAGAAACUCUGAAGAUACCGAGGCUGUUCUUUGCUGGUCAGAUAAACGGUACAACAGGGUAUGAAGAAGCAGCAGCACAGGGUAUCAUUGCCGGGAUCAACGCAGUGCUUAAAGCCAGGAGAAGACCUCCCUUCACCAUCAGCCGAACCGAGGGUUACAUCGGGGUCCUGAUCGAUGACCUUACGACCCGUGGCACCUCGGAACCCUACCGCAUGUUCACCAGUCGCACCGAGUUUCGUAUGACUCUGCGUCCUGAUAAUGCUGACCUCCGGCUCACACACAGAGGUUUUGCUGCUGGGUGUGUAUCGCAAGAAAGGUUUGAGCACACCAUGGAGACAAGAAAAGCUCUUGAAGAGAGCAAGAGCCUGCUCAGAUCAGUCAAGCUGCAUAGACAGGAGUGGAGAAGACAUCUUGAGAAUCAUGGCGUUCAAUCAGCGUUUGGAAACAGCAAGUCACCAGAAAAAAUGAGUGCAAUGGACAUAUUACAGUUUCCAGGACUGACAGUCCACCAUCUUGCCGCAGCCUUGCCCUCAGAAAGUCUUGCGAGGCUAGAGGACCAUAGACUUGCUGAACGAUUGAAAAUUGAGGGUAUCUAUGCCCCUCUCAUCCCACAACAAGAGGCGGCCAUCGCUGAAGUGCAGGCAGACGAGGAGCUGGAACUGCCCGAAGAUCUGGACUAUACCAGCUUGAAACUUUCUACCGAAGCCAUCUACAAGCUCACCCAAGCAAGGCCAACAACGAUUGGAGCUGCCAGUCGACUAGAGGGCGUAACCCCAGCUGCUGUUUUACGUCUUCUAUACCAUGUCAAGAGGCAACGUCAGAACAGGAUGACACACACCGCCUCAUGACAGUAAAAAUGAUAAUAAUAAUAAUAUUUAGCUUUUAUAUAGCGCUUAAUACAAUGUCUCUAAGCACUUUACAAAUAUAUUAUUACCCUGGUCAUUGGGAUUCGAACCCUCGACCUUCGCAUCUCCAGUCAAGCGCCUUAAACCACUCGACCUUGACACUCCCAGUAGCGCGGGUAGAUGUGCGGUGAAUAGAGAAUAGAGAAUUUACAGCAUUUUAUUUAUUGAUGAAAUCUAAAUAGAUGCCUUAUAUUUAUAUAACUUGUAUAUAUAAUUAUUUACACAUGUUAGCUUCACUUGUGAUCACAUAAUAAAUACCCUUUUCAUAAGUUUUAUAUAUGAAUAUGAGUGUUGUACAAAUUCUAUAUUUUGAACUCUCUUUUAACUAUGCAAUUUAUACAGUCAACCUGUUUUAUUUGUAAGAUGGGCAUAUUGACUUAGGAUUUCUUUUGUCUGGCAAUUAGGUUUGGUUUUCUUUAUUUGUAGUAGAGGAAAAAUGGGUAGUCUCAUUUUUUGUGUCCUAUGAAAUGGUCCAGCUACCAAAAUCGAUUCUUCCAAUGCCACUGCUCAGUGUUUUUUACAUCCAUUUUUUUUUUUUUUUUUUUUUUUUUUUGCUGGGCUGAAACUUCAUUUUAUAGAAGUUAUGGCCAGUGUCCAGAGAGCUACCACCGUGUAUUCUGUAUCCUUAUGCCAUGUAGCAGUUGUUCUGGUUAUUCCAGGAAAAGUAUGUGCGAUGAAAGCAUUUUUCAUCUUUUGAGAUGACAGAAAAAUUGUAACUUGGAUCCAAAGCAGUUGCUGCAUUAU